AGUCACACAGCCUCCAAAACCACUGUCACAGGGUCGGCAGUGUGUGCGCUGUUGAAGAACCGAUUUCUAUUUUUUUGUACAUUGUCCAUUCUCGGGCUUUCUUUUGUUGUCAAGUUUUAAAUCCGGAUUCAAGUAUGUCAAUGUCUGCAACAGAGUCUCCGUCUAUUUCUUUUGGAUCUUUGUUCGUUUUGGUAGGAUUCAUCAUCAUCUCGGGGAAAAUCGACUCAUAUCUCAUCUGAAGCCUGUUGGGUCUGAAUGCACAGCAGAUCGGGUGGAGGUGAGAUGCUACAGGAAGACUAUGAUGCGCACCCCGUCCGUCACUGGCCGCUGUUUUUGGCUCCGUGAGCUCGGCUGUCUGUUCUGCUGUGCCUUUACGCGCUGAGAGGAGCAGAGGGGAGAGGAGAGGAGAGGAGAGGAGAGGAGGGGAGAGGAGAGGCUUCCCCCGUCAGCUGAAUCACGCUUCACCACUGAGUUGACUGACUGAUCUUAGAAGAAGAAGAAGAAGGAGGGACGCAGGAGGGACAGGGGUAGACCAUCCAAAAAAAAAAAAAGCAGUAUCUAGAGCGGCUGACUGACUGAGCUUCAGAGGGAGACGAGGGGAGUCACUGGACCUUUUGGAUAUUUGUGCGGGGGGGUUGGUGGGGGGGUGGUGAGAGAAAAAUGCUGCCUUCCCAGGAAGCAUCCAAAAUCUACCAUGACACCUACAUGCGCAACUCCCGGGCCAUUGGGGUCCUGUGGGCGAUCUUCACUAUCUGUUUGGCCAUCAUCAACGUGGUGGUCUUCACCCAGCCCUACUGGAUCGGCGACAGCAUCAACACCCCUCACGCCGGCUACUUCGGCUUGUUCCACUACUGCGUGGGCAACGGGAACUCCAACAGGGAGCUCUUGUGCCAGGGCACCUUCUCUGAAUUCAGCUCCAUCCCGUCGGGAGCUUUCAAGGCGGCCUCCUUCUUCGUGCUGAUGUCCACGGUGCUCAUCAUCAGCUGCAUCGGCUGCUUCGCCCUCUUCUUCUUCUGCAACACCGCCACGGUCUAUAAGACGUGCGCCUGGAUGCAGCUGCUAUGCG